AUGGCCAGCAGGAGACAGAGAACGACGAUUGCUGCAGUCGCACGGCAAACCUCCGCCAGCACAUCGUGGGAAAGCGCGGGACGGUGGUACGAUGGCAUAGUCGGCAAGCGGGUCAACCCACAGGAGGGGCACCAUUUCCACCAGCAGCUCGUCAUUCCCGGGGUUCUGCGCUUGCUGCGCUUAGAUUCGUCGCCCAAGGUGGCCAGUUCGCUGUUGGACCUUGGGUGUGGGCAGGGAGUGCUGGGGCGGCAGGUGCCCAAAGGAGUGGAGUACGUGGGCGUCGAUGCCUCGAAGUUCCUCGUCCGCAAGGCGCAGGCCUACGACACCGCGCCGCAGCACCGCUACGCUGUUGCUGAUGUCACUCGACCCUACGACGUCGCGCCCAAGUCCACCGGCGGUGGCUUCUCGCACGCGGCGUUCGUGCUCUCGCUCCAGAACAUGCGCGAUCAAGCAGCUGCCCUGCGCAUUGCGGGCGAGCGGCUGGGCGACCAGGGGCGGCUCGUGGUGGUGCUCAACCACCCGUGCUUCCGCGUGCCUCGGCAAUCGCGAUGGGAGGUGGACCCGCAAAACAACGCCCAGUACCGCCGCGUCGAUCGCUACCACAGCCCGCUCGAGGUGCCGAUCAUGGUGCAUCCCGGAGUGAAGAAGGGCGGCGGCGCGACAGAGCCCUCCUCCUCCGCCGCCGCCAAGAGCGAGGGCGCGAGCCCCACCACCUAUUCGUACCACUACCCGCUGGACCACUACUUCCGGUGGCUCUCCGACGCCGGGAUGGCGGUCGAGCUCAUUGAGGAGUGGUACUCGGACAAGACGAGCGAGGGCAGCCAAGCCAAGCGAGAGAAUCGAGCACGGACAGAGUUCCCCCUCUUCCUUGCCAUUUCAUCGUUCAAGCUCCAACAAGCCACGCAGUAA